AUGGGAAUCAACCCUGAUGUGACUUUCAGCACACCCCAACAAUACUAUGACUAUAUCCAAGGGCAUAUCAUUAAGUGGUCUCCCGAUGAACUUGAAAUGCACAACGUGCGCCAUGGCCUGUGUGGAAGCAUCUGCUACUCUCCGGAGGGCUGGAGGAAGACGGAGUUUGGUAAACGCCUGUCCAGACACCCCUUGGUCAAUGUGACGGCCGAGACAUAUGCAAAGCGUACACCUCCAAUCCCUCUAGUCAAGGGUCUAUCUGACAAGCGGCCACUUGCCGGGAUUAAUGUCCUGGAGAUGGUACGUAUCAUUGCUGGACCGCAGAUCGGCGUUACCUUGGCAUCCUACGGGGCGGACGUGAUCCGUGUGAAUUGUAGCAGAUUAGUUGACCUUAAUGUACUCCAGCUCACACUAAAUGCGGGAAAGCGGACUAUUGACCUCGAUAUCACCAAGCCGGAAGACAUGGAACGACUGCAAGAGCUUCUUGCAGAUGUUGAUAUUUUCAUCCAAGGGUUCCGAAUGGGUUCCUUGGAGCGUAAAGGGCUGGGGCUCCGCAACAUGCUGGAGAUAGCAGCUAAAAGGAACAAGGGAAUCAUCUAUGUCGACGAGAACUGUUACGGUCCAGAUGGCCCGUUCCACGAGCGUCCUGGUUGGCAGCAGAUCGGAGAUGCGGCAUCUGGAAGUGAAUAUGUAAUGGGCCGAUCACAGGGCUAUGAGGAAGGAAAGAGUGUAUUGCCGCCACUCCCUGUGUCUGAUAUGAUAACGGGAAUUGUCGGUGCGGUUGGCGCCAUGAUUGCGGUAAAGAGACGGGCAGUUGAAGGCGGCUCAUAUCACAUCACUAGCUCCCUGGUUGCUGCUGAUGCAGUUGCAUUGGAGAAGGAAGUAGGAUUAUACCCCCCUGAGGUGGUACGAGACACGGUCGAACGAUUUGGGUUCAAGGAGAUUACUCCUGAUCAGUACGUUUCCGAAGUUCUGAUCCCGGUCAUUGACGGCUGGAAAAGAGGAUUGCCUCAUGAUUUGGAUGAGGACUCGAGAUUCAUGACGACAUUCAAUGAGCCAGGACCUUGGGGCCGCCAGACUCUCUUGAAGCCUGUUGCAAAAUUAGGUGUUGAGGAGUCGACGCCAAGGUGGACUUCUCCUCCGGUCCCGCACUGCCAUCAUGAUAGGAACAUCAAUUGGCUUUGA